UAAAAGAAACAGGUGGUCGCGAUUUGGCGCUCGAUGCGUUUCUUGAAACUACAGUGGAUCUAAGGAUGGAGAAUAAACCCCAGGUCAAAAGUGAGCCCCAGGAGGCGUCGGAGCCUGAACCUCAAAAAAAAGAAAACAGUAAUAAUACAGAAGAUACGCCACCAGCAAAAAAAGAAUGUCAUGGGAAAACUAAAAAUUUGCAAAUCAUUGAAACAACAAUAUUGCCUCCCCCACCUCCUCUUCAAGCAAAUCUAUUUUUUGAGUUGUUCUAUGAUGGACCCUACGAUUUGACACUGUUUAAUCGCUCGUGGGGGAUCCACAGAGUUCCACCUCCUAAUAGAGCUAUUGUCCUGUCAGAAAUGACGCUACUUGACAUGUCUUUGCCACCCUCAUAUAAAAAGAAGGUCAUAUUGACAGAAAGUCUAACAUUCAAGGCUUUUGUGUUAGAUAAGCUGGUUGUUGAGAAAAAAUUGGACAAAGACAAUACAAAAGAGGACUUUGAGGAUUCUUUUGUCGAAAUUUUAAAUAUGAUGGUUUGUAAAGGUGGUCCUUCGGUUAAAGAUAUCGAAGACUUGGAGCUGAUGAAAUUUGCAUACAAGGAUUACUACAGCAAUCGAUGGAGACACAAAUCCUGUACUAUAAUAAUCGAGAGGCCAGAUGCUUGCCGGCCGUGUACAUACCUUGAAAAGUAUUUUCAAGAAUGGUUAAAGUACAAUUCAAAAGAUAAGCAGCUUUAA